CUGAAAUGCCGCAGCUGAGUUGGCCAGCCGUGGCUGUCAUAGCCGUCUUCGGCGCCAUUUUCACCAUGACAAUACCCGAGACGGAGAGCAGAAGCAGCAGUACAUUUGAGCACAUUCGUCAUCGACCGAAUAAGAGUGCUAGCGCCAUCAAUAGUGCCACCACGUCUUCCUCUACUGUACGCUGUUCUGGAAAACGUAGAAUUGAAGUCGCUGUGAAUGGUGGUAACUGGAGGGCCAUCGACGGAAUGGAAGCUGAUCGUAGUACUACACAUAAACCUGAGAGGCUUUCCAUUUACCAAUGGAAAGAUACGAACAGCGCUGUUGGGGCAUCUUCUGAAAAGUUUCAGGGAGAUGGCAAACAAUUUGAAAUGAAACUGGAGUUGGUGGAUGUUCCAAUCAUCUCACCUGGCAUUGGAUUCAGAAAGAGGGAGGCUUACAGAAGAGGUCGUGACGAUAGAAGCUUCAAGGAGGGCAUUGUGGGAAUGGCUGGGGGUCAGAGAGUUUCCUCGGAUCAAUUGGAGAAGGAUGCAUUGUUGAUCGUCAAGGAUACACUUCUAACAAUGGACGAAGGAGAAGUCUUGUCAACAUCAACGGGGCCAUAUCAGACAUCAAAUAGUGAUACAGAAAUAACUAGAGUCAACCCAAAUACUUUAUUACAAGGUAGUGAUGAUGAAAAGGGAAAAAAUUCCUCGAACAACUCCACAUCAACGUCAAUAACGCUGGCAAUGAUACCCCACGUGAGGAGUGAAAAGCUCGUGUACCAGACUAACACCACAGAAUCUCCGGGCGACAGUCCAUUUCCUCCUCUAAAUGCUAUUGGCUCGACGGAGGGCACUCUAGAAUCACCCUUGAUCGUUUCUACUCAGCCCAACGCACCGGAUACCAGGUUCUCCACGGUAACCCGUAAAGAAAAAUCAUGGGAGGGCGAUGGUAGAAGCCAUUCGAGAAAGGACCACUCUAAGACGUCCAUCAAUCUGCUCGAGGGUCAGCCAAAUAAAAUAUUUUACGAGAUCAAGCCCUCGCUCAAUACAGUUAUGAAGGCUGACGACGAGGAGAGCAGUACGAAUAUACCUCUCAUGUGGACAACUAAACACAAUUUUUUGGGUUUUAAACUGCCAAGUGUACCGAGCUCCUUCGGAAAAUUCGGACCUUUCUUCGUGGAUGAGGUCGAUCAUCGGAAUAUCACUGAAAGAAUUGGCAGCACUGUACAACUUGACUGUAGAAUUGGACUUCUUGGAGAUAAAAAGGUGACCUGGUUUCAGCCCAAUAAAGACUCCAUCCGGCUCCUCACAGUUGGAAAUGGCCAAUACAGCGCGGACGAACGGAUCAGCCUUAAAUUCCAGUAUCCAGACAACUGGAGGCUGCAAAUCGCCUAUGCAACACUUCGAGACAGUGGAAUAUACAAGUGUCAGGUGGAAAUCGAUCCCACCAACUACAUGGUUAAAACAUACCACGUUUUCAUAACAGCACCCUCUCUGAAUAUAACGGACGAUUCUGGACGAACGAUAUCAGGGGAGAGACACCUCAAGGCGGGCAGUACGCUCAGGCUGAGGUGCGAGGGUAGAGAUGUACUUGAAAAGCUCAACGAAUCUUUACUAUGGACAAGGGGAGAUGAAAUUCUCACAUCGGACGUCAGUGAAAAUAGAACGACUGAAUUAGUGGGUGACAAGGAGAUACCAGUUAUAUCAAGUACACUAGUCGUUGAGAAAGCAUCGCCACGACAUGCAGGAAACUACAGCUGCAUCGUACCGGAAAGAGCCAAGACCACCAUAGCUGUUCACGUUUUGAACGGAGAACUUCCGGCUGCUGUACAUCACGGAAGUGGUGUUUCGAGUGCUGUCCUCAAUUUCUGGUUAAUUCAUCUAACUGUGAGCUAUGGAUUUUUGAGAUGACAAUACUAAGAAUGAAAACUGGGACGAGUUGUGAAUCAGCAAUGGAAUCAAAUGGAUUCCACUCCUCUCCUUCUGUGCUGAGGAGGCACACGAGGAUGAAAAGGAUCAACGUCGAGUGUAGAAAACUACCGGAGUGAAGGGAAUCCUGUAAUUCAUUUAUAUGUACAUAGGUGUAACUUGAGACAGUGCAUGCGAGAAGAAACGGAAGAGGGCAGGCAGAUCGUUGGUGUCGAGCUGGCACGAAAAUUUAUAACCAAUAUGCUUUUUCCCUGAGCGGAUGGGGCAUAUUUCAUGGGCGGAAGCUAGUCGUUUCCGCCUUCGACUUUUCCUCAGCCAUCGUGAAUCACUCCAUCGGUUUUUCUCUCAUUUUGUUACUCUCUGUAUUUAUUUUUCAUUUUUAAACGCUGAGUAUCAUAUCGACAGAUUCUUCCGCUGAGGCACUGGGGAGUAUUCUCAGAUGUUUACGAACCCCAUCAUCUCCACUGUUAACGAGACUUUUCAACUAUUACUGCGAUAGUUAAUAGUUAAGAAGCCUCGUUAACAGCAGCUAAAUCCUUCUAUCAGGGCGUGUAUUGAAUCACCAGCCGACUCUUCUACGAAGAAAGCCAUUUUAUAAGAAAGAAAAUCAUUCCACUGUUGAAGAAGGGAAAAAGUAUAGCUAAUUAUUGAUUUUUCCCAUCUCCAAUCUAGAUAGAUAAUUAAAUUUCUCACAGUAUGAUGACUGAUUAGUGACUAGUGUGGUUAUUUCCUGUUCAAUUAUAACAAUAAUGCGCCUGCGAUUCGUAAUGAAGGAGGGAGAUUGUUGGUAGUUGAAUGGAAAAUGUGCAGUGAAAAGGGAUGAGACACGCAAAGGCCAUUCUCGGGUUGCGGUCUUGUACCAUUGGAAGGUAUACCACGCCUCAUCUUGAUGCGCAAAAUCGGCUCGACCUAAUUAGAGCCGCGGUAACGUAACGCUAAUGGUCCAGGGCUACUAGUCGAUUGGCAUUCAUGGAGAACCCAUUGCCAACCACCUUCUCACGAUUAACUGUAACUACACAGCCCUUUCUCACUGAUGGGUCUUUACAGUCUUUGCGUAAUUAAUUGAUAUUUCGGGGGUACAAAUGAAUGACAGAAUUGUUAUGUAGUAUUUGAUUAUUUUAUUGUGUUUAACGGAGGAAAAUUGACUCAUUGUGCUGUUGAGAAAAUUGUGAUGUACUUUGGAAUUAAGAAAACGUAUCAGAGUGCUUAAGAUUCAUACAUAGGCUCAAGGGGAAUUAGAGAGAAUGAGGGGAUAGAGCACAGAGUGAAUUUAAAAUAUAUACAUAUUGUGUCGAUUUUAUCUAAUAAUAAAUAACAUUUACAAUAAGAUUAUAUUUUUAUAUGUAAAUACGUCGUCGUUCUUUCUUGUUAUUUCCAUAGAAUAAGUGACUAUUAAAUCAAUAGUACUUUUAACUAAAUGAGUCGUGUGAAAAUGCAACGCUAUAAUACAUAGUUAUUGACUUUGUUAUAACUCGGGACCAGCCAGCGAGGGGAUUUAAAUAAAACCUGUCACGAUCUGCUUAAAAUAUGUUUCAGGCGAACUUUUUUUCUUUUGAAUUGGACAGUUGAUGGACAGAAAUUACAGAGCCCUGAAUUUUGUUCUUCCGAUUGAGUUAACUACAAUUUUAAUGAAUUCACGAUUCGGGAUUAAUCUACAUACUAAAAAUACUGGAACAAGGAUGGAUUUAAUGGACAUGAAAAAUACCCGGAACCCCAUCCGUGACAUUGAUUACAACAACAUCGAUCGUGGCGGGGUCAGCAAAUUGUCAUUCAAAUUCCCAUCAGACUCUGUCUUCGCUGAUUAACAAGGUCUGUGUUCACAUUAGUGGGGGGGAGUCUAAAUGAGGGGAGAAUUUAGUCAGUUGAAUUGAAGUGAAAAAAUAUUUUACGUCAUGUUAAUUGCUAGGCGAAUCAAUAAUAACAUUAGCAUUGUUUACCCUGGAAUUUCAUUCCACAUGUGGACAGAUAAAGUUACGUCAAUUGAUUGCCAUUUUUAUUGACGAAAGAGAGAAAAUUGUAAAUACUCAUAUCACGUUGCCCCCCCUAUUUCCAACUGAAACGUAAUCUCCAUCUGUCUCUGAGAUUUCCCAAUUGAAUUCGAUCAUUCUCCAUUACUAAACCCUCUGAGGAUAUAUUUCAUAGGAAUAAAGCUCAAUCAUUAAUCCAUCAAUUACACUCGUAAUUCAAAGGCAUCCCGGGAAUUCGUUCUCCCUCCCUAUUUUUUCACUCUCUACAACAGUUCGUUCUGCUACAACUGACGGAUAAAAAAAUUCAAUUGGAAAAUUCUGUAUCGUCAAAUCAAUUGCUCUGAGCAGCAAAGAAGUAAUUUACGGCAUUCACGUUUUUUUUUAUUAGAAAAAACAGCUUGAAGCGUUUGAACGAAAAUUCCAUGGACGCAAAACGUGGAGAAUCCGUCUUUUCGUACAUACUCCACUACCACACGACGUGCCCCUGCUUAUAACGUCCAAUCUACUGCUACAAAUAUACGCCCGACGAACCGUGUGUCUCACACUCGAUCACUCGCCCGCGUUUGUCCGGAUAUCCUCGGUUCUUCUACUUCCGUAAAUUGCAAUUCCAAUGUUUUUUCCCCUCCCAAGCCUUUGAAAAUGCUUCUCCAGCUCUUCUGAUCUUCUUUCCAUCUUUUCCAUCUCGCGUGUGUGCGGGAGAAAAAGACUAGCUCAUACUUCUUCACAGCCCCCCUCCACCCCGUCCCAUGAUUUCGCCGUUCCUCUAUUCUUGAUUUCUCUUGAUUUUCCAGCGAGAGAAAUAACCGCUCGUAAAUCCACCUUAAUCAUUAUAUCAAGCCCACUUCAAUUCUCAAGGAGAUUCAAUCGAAUUAUUUCGUUCCACUCGACUACGUAAGAAAAAAUUACUCACGAAGUAAGAGCAUACACACGUUAUUAUUACGAAUAUUUGAACUUAUAUUGUAAUUGUAUAAUUGUUUAUAUGUAAAAGAACAACACAUCCAAGAAUUUAUCAUAAUGGACAAAUUUAUUAUAUCGCUUUGAUAUAUCAUUGCGAAUGAUGAUGGAAUGUUACAUGUAUGAUUACUGUUGGAAUAUGAGAAUGACAAGAAUUAUUGAACUACUU